GGGAUAUAAUCGCUUGUGUGCAGAAAGGUUUUAGCUUAAAUCUCAGCCUCCCAUUGACUCGCCAGCAAAAAAAAAAAAAAUUGAAAUUUCUAAAAGACGGAAGUGCGCGCUCCGCUUUUCAGAUCCGACCGAACGCCGCUGCGCAUGCACGCUGUUUAUUAACGUGUAUUUGCCUCGGUCACACAUGCCUACGCGUUAUCCCCAACGGUAGUUCGUUCGCGUCGGACUCGGUCCCGCUGCGUCAUGUCGGCGGCGGCGGCAGGAGACCCGCCGGAGGACCGGAGCAGCGGUCCGACAGGUGACGGGGAACCGGAGGAGGCCGAGGUGUUCACCUGCUCGACCCACUGCUCGGAGCUCUCCCGCAGGCAGAACGAGCAGAGGAAGUCGGGGCUCUUCUGCGACGUCACACUGGUCUUCAGUUCCGGUGGUGGUGGUGGAGGAGGAGGAGGUGGGGGGACGGUCCAAACCGUGUCCGCCCACCGCUCCGUGUUAUCCGCGGCGUCCGAGUACUUCAGGCUGCUGCUGGGCGGACAGUUUACGGAGUCCGUGUCCGGGCGAGUGGAGCUGAGAGAAUGGAGCUCCGCGACGGGACCCGAAGCGGACACCGUGGAGGGUGUUAUUCAGUUCAUGUACACGGGACGAAUACGGGUGACCACCGCCAGUGUGCACGAAGUGUUGGAACUUGCGGACAGGUUCCUGUUGUCGCAGCUGAAGAACUUCUGCGGAGAGUUUCUGAUGGAGAAGUUGAGCUUAUCCAACUGCGUAGCAGUGCACAGCCUCGCCCACAUGUACACCUUGGACCUGCUGGCCCAGGGAGCCGCCAAGACCAUCCGGACGAACUUCACCAUAAUCAUCCGCAACGAGGAAUUCCUCACGCUCCCGUUUCACCUGGUGCGGGACUGGCUGUCUGACCCGGCAAUCGCCGUGGACUCCGAGCAGGAGUUGUUCGAGGCCGUGGUUAAAUGGGCGCACCAGAACGCAGAGGAGAGAGCGCCGCGUUUUGAGGAGCUCUUCGGCCUUUUGAGGCUCACUCAGAUCUCUCCCUCCUUCCUGACGCGGGUGGUGAGAAAGGAGCCCUUGGUGGCGAACAGUGCAGCGUGUCGACAGCUGGUGCGCGACGCCCUCGAGGUCCACGCCGUCCACUUUGAGCACCUGGACCAACCCGCUGAUUUGGAGCGCCGCGCUUCCCACGACGCCGCCACGCAGCCCCGCCUCGGCCAGAACAUGGACGUGAUCAUGGUGGUGGGUGGCGUGUCAGAAGGCGGCGACUAUUUGAGCGAGUGCGUGGGCUACUUUGUCGCCGAGGACCGUUGGGUGAACCUGCCGCACCUUCACAACCACCUCGACGGACACGCCAUCGCCGUCACCGACAGCCACGUCUACGUGGCCGGCUCCAUGGAGCCGAGCUUCGCCAAGACGGUGGAGCGUUUCGACCCCGGCCUCAACGCCUGGGAGGAGGUCAACAGCUUGGACACUCGCAAGCACUCCUUCGGCCUCACUUGUGUCAAAGACUUGCUGUACUGCAUCGGGGGCCACGGCAACUUCAGCGCGGGCUUUAAGGAUGUCACCGUCUUCAAGCCCGAGCUGGACGAGUGGCACAAUUUGGAGCCAGCACCGAAGAUACUGCGCGACGUGAAGACCGUGAGCGUGGAGGACCGCUACAUAUACGUGAUGGCCAGGACUCCCGUGGACAGGGACAGCGAGCACGGACUGAGCACCCUGACCACCCGCUACGACACGGAGAGCCGCACGUGGCAGGAGGCGGACUCCCUGCCGCUGAUCGACAAUUACUGCGUCUUUCAAAUGGCCGUGGCGUCCACCAGCUUCUACCACACGGCGUCUUGCUGCGCGAAGAGCUACAAGGUAACGGCUGAGGCCGCCAAGCAGAAAACGAGCAGGAACGUCGGCGACGACAUCCUGGGGAGCCUCCCCCCGGAGGUCCUCGGCAUGGAAGGGGCCGCCGUUUGCUACCUGGGCGACGACAUAUUCGUCAUCGGCGGAUGGAGGAACUGCAACAACAUGGACAAGCAGUACCGCAAGGAGGCCUACAGGUACUGCGCCGAGAGGAAGCGCUGGACGCUGCUGCCCCCCUUGCCUCAGCCACGGUGCCGGGCCGCCGCCUGUCACGUUCGCAUCCCGUACCGCUGCCUUCGCGGUUGCCAACGCUUCCCGAUGCCGCAGAACCUGGCUCGCCAGCGAGACCGCAUGCAGCAGAUGCAGCAGCUCCAUCGCCGCACGCUCAGUCUGCGCAGACAGCUGCAGUCUCAAAUCGAAUGUUGAGGGAUUCCUUUAGUUGGUACUUAAUUUGCUGGUAAAAUUGUUGUUGCUUCCAUAAAACAUUUAGGUCCUUUUUUUUUUUUUUUUUUUGCGUAUGUUUAGAUGAAAUACCUGCACGGCCUCACCUAGGGCGGGAUUUAAAAUCAAGUAGAUCAUGUUGGUUUAUUGUGAUAUUUUCCAGAAGAAAAUCAUUCAAUAAGGGGAGAUUGAAGAUGGUGAAUAACAUCCAGCUGAACUUUGACUUUUUACUCCUCGCUACUUGCACCUUUUUUGUUUUCUACCUCCAGUUUCCAUCAUGCUUGUUUGCACUGUGUCUUAAUGUCGAUCGUCUGAAUAUUUUGUGCGCCCGACUUUAAACAGACGACCAUAUCAAAAGUUUUGUAGCGUUGAGCAAAGCACAUAUUGAGGAACAGUGUUCAAUGACUAUUGAAUUCCCACUUCUUUGUCAUUCCAAUGGAUGUUUUGUAAAUAUGUAUGAUUUAAUUAUCUGGUUUAAAAGAUGUAUUUCUUUUAUCUGUUUUUCUCUUAAAAAAUAGACCAGCAUGGUCAUGAUGAGAUGUCCCUUCAGGCAUCGUGAGCGCCAUAUUAUUUUUUGAUUUAAAUAAUUAUGUUUGAGGAUUAUUGGCUCCGGUGCUUAGACGAUGGCUGUGGUUAUUUUGGUUGUUGGUUUAAGUGGACUUUUUUGUUUGUUUUUCUCCCAAUGUGCCUCUGAUAUGGUUAACUUUGUCUCAAUGCACCACAAAAUGCAUUAAACAUUUUGCUUCAGA